UCUCAAGCUCGCUCAAGCUCUUCGGCUCCGGGUGCAUGACCCACACCGGCUGGGCUUCCAAGCGCGACCCCUGUGCCAGGAACCCCGCCGACUGCACCGAGGGCUUCUCGUUUAGUCUUUGGGUGAGACUGGAGCUGGAAGACACCGAAUCCAUGUUCGACACCGAGGCGCAGGAGUCAUCUGGAGAGACACCGAGGAGACGUUACCUGCUCAGCUCGGGCGGUGACGACGCCGGCUCGCCUGGCAUCGCACUCUAUCUGGACAGACACAGACUGACCGCACUGGUGUCGACCGGCUCAGAGUACUGGAAAGCCAGCGUCAACGGCCGAGUGCGGAACAACACAUGGAACAACGUCGGCGUGCGCUGGAGGUCCGACGCCCCAUUGGACGCUGUAAAUGGAAGCCUUGCGGGUCUGCAGCUCUACAUCAACAACAAGACGGAGGCUCACGCCGUCUUCCCGAAGACGGCGCCGGCUGCCGGCAGUGUCCUUGACCCCGUCGAGGUCAUGGUGGGUUGCCAUCGAACAGCCUCGCGGCGGGACUUCCACCACAUGUGCGACUGUGAGUUCGACGAGGUGGCCAUGUGGACGCGCGCACUCCCCGCCAAUGAGACAGUGUUCUUCUUGGGCGGAUACAACGACAAGAACAAAAAUCUGGACAUGAAUUCGCUCAACGAGAUCUUCACGAAGUGCAGGCAGUGUUCCGACGAUUCGAAGCAGUUCAGGAGCUUCCUGACCAUGGUGCUGGUGCAGGUGAAGACCAACCCGACAGCCGCAAGUCCGACAAUCGCCAGCACGGCCUCCGCGGCUGCCGGCGGCGACGCCGCGGCUGCAGAGAAGACCGACAUCGUACUACCGCCCGGCACGCCACUGUCAAGCCCCGAGUCUGUGGGCCACAUCCUGGCCCUGAAAAACCUUAUCAUCGCCAUGACAGCUUCAGCCAAGGAGAACAUGCUCCCUUCGGAGAUCGGCGACUUCAUGGAGCUGGCAGCCAUUGUGGGCUCCUCACUGGAAAAGGAGACGCUCGGAGAGUGGCGCUUUCUCGAGGCCUCCAUCAAGGAAGACGGAGGGGCAGCAGAGGUCGUGGGGAAUUUUGAGGAUUGGGCUUUGCAGUGCGCCGCGAACACGGUAAUGGACAGCCCCAAGUCUCAGGUCCAUGUCAAGAAGGACGCUGACAAUAUCAAGAUGGUAAUGUCGAAAAUGGCGACCUUCAUGCACCGCCAAGAACCCGUAGCGGAAUUUCCUAAAAAGGGCAGUGGACUUAACCGUGUUGAGUACGCCACCGAGCUGUUCCACCAGCCCAGCAACCCGGCAUGUCGGUUCGUCGACGUCUCGGUCAUGUUUAUCAAGUACGACACGUUUGGGAUGAUCUGCCCGAAGCGCGCCAGCCUAGUAGAGCUGGAAACGACUGAUGAAAACCAGCUGGACAUCGACGGCCCCGUGCUCUCCAUGAAGUUCAAGCUGAGUGGUGGCGACCCGGCCCUGAUCUCAAACUGCACCCCAACUGAUGAGCAGCUGCGGCGCCACCCGCUGAGGGUGGCUAUCGUACACUACAGUCCCAUACCGGCACUACGCACGCCGCUCUUCCACGAGGGAGAAGUAAACACUCAGAUCAUGCGGCGCGUGUGCGUGUGGUGGAACCCGGAGCUGUCCGACUACGGCGGCUGGGAUGCUGACGGCUGUACUGCCAUCGAAUCGACAGACUUCUACACCAGCUGCGCAUGCGCCCACUUCGGCCAGUUCGCCAUUAUGCAAGAAAAGGUACCGCCGAAGAUCGUAGACCUGGAGUACGAGUGGCUGAAAAUCACCAAGUACGUGUGCUACAGCAUCUCAGCCAUCUUGCUGGUGGUCUUCAUCGUCACUGUCGUCAAGUUCAAGCAGCUGCACGAGAUGUUCCACAUGAUGCGUCUGAAUACGGCCGUCGGGCUGCUGAUCGGCUCCGUGUUCAUGUGCCUGACGGAUAUCCCGGCCAUCCGCGCCGACCGCCACGCGUGCACCGGCUUCUCGGCCACCAUCCACUUCUUCUACCUGCUGGCGGGCACAAUGGUGCUGAUGGAGGGCCUGGCCGACUUCCUGUCCGUCACCAACGGCGCCAUCGGUGGGAAGCUGAGAGCGUACGUGGCCUUCGGCUGGGGUGUGCCGUUCCUCUCGCUCGGCUACGCCAUGCUCAUGUACCUGACCGACUACGGCACCGAUCCGCGCUGCAUGCUCGGCUGGCCGGACAAGGUCAAGAUGACCAUGUUCCUGCCGAUGAUCGUCAUCAUGUCCGGCUCCUUCCUGAUGACAUGCUUGGUCAGCUGCAACAUGCAGGCUUCGCGCCUCAGAAAGGAGAACAUCGUGGCCGAGCAGCUCACGGUCUGCAAGGGCUACGCCUUCUUCUCCUUCUACUUCGUCGUCACCUGGACAGUCGGCCUAAUAGCCUAUCUCAAGCUGGGCCUCCGCAUCCCCAGCUUCUACCCGCUGUUCCAGGUUCUUAACUCCACCGGCGGCAUCAUCUUCUUCCUGUUCUGCGGCGUGGGCUCGGAGCGGUUCCGGCUCCUGAUCUCCGGCAAGGCUCUGCUGCGCAAGAAGAUGCUCUUCUCGUACACGAUGUCCGAGCAGCUGACCGAGUCGCAGCAGAACCUGGUGGAGAAGGAGCCGAGCAGGCCGGCCACGCCCGAGGAGGAGGCGGCGCCGUACGACCCAAACGCACGCGGACCACGCGGACCGCUGGUCGCUUAGUGGGCAGGAGGAGCUGCCGGCUUGCACGAGAGGAGCGCAGGGGGUGACACACCGGGCCUGGACUGCGACAGUGUGCCGUUUGCUUUCUCAACAGACGUAACGUGUGGCCUCUGAGACAGAUUCAACUAUAUGUUGCGUGCUUACUGUUACAAAUAGCCCGGUGUUCUCGUCUGUGUGGCAUGUUCUGACGUUAAGGCUAAAAUCUCCGCAUGAGGCAUAGCGAUUUGAAACCUUUGUGCAAAGGUGGGCAACCGUGCCGAUGCAAUGGGGAUAUCCUCAAACACGAAACCGACCAGCGCAUGUGUCACACGUCCAUCUGUUUGUGAACCACGAGAACAGCCACGCGUUUGUUUCGAUUCGGUCGUGCAUUCUCUCAUGCUUGUCCCGUUCAUUUUGAAGAUUCAAUACAUUGUUUG